GACGGAGUUAACCCAGUAGCCAAACAGAACCUAAGAUUUCGAUAUAAACAAAGUCCACCACAGGACAACAACCAGUCCAACAAACAACAACAAAAGAGAAGGAGCGAAGCCAACGAGGCCAGCCAUCAGCGAUAACCACAAGAAAGCACCCAACUGUACAAAACCAAAAGCCCCUUCCUUUAUAAACCCUUCUUUCAUUCAUUCAUCGCACUUCCCCUUUCAUCCACCUCCACCAUUCUCCUUCUUCGCAUCUCUUCUGUGCUUCUGAUCUUCCUCUGCAAACAGAAGAAGAAGGAGGAGGAACUUAACCAACAAUGGCGUCCAUCACAAGAGCUUCCGUCUCCAUGCCGUCCCUCUCCACCUCUGUGAACCAGAGCCAGCGGAGGAUCUCGGGGAUGAAUUCCGUCUCCUUUCCCGUCAGUGGGAGAUCGAUGAUUCCUUCUCUUAGAUUGCAACGCGGGCUUCAAGUCUGCUGCGCGGUACGAUUUCUUACUCUCCCCAUUACCCCCUGAAGAUUUUGUGAUAUGGGAAUGUAGGGUCUUUGGAUCUAAUGUAGCUUAUGGAAAAUCUGUUGAUGGGUUAGUUGGAUCGUCUAAUUUAAUCUUGAUAUAUGUCAAUUUCUGUUUCUGGGAUUCUGCUGAAGUCUUGGUGGGUGAUGGAUUUGAGAAGCUGGGUUAGAAAUUGGGAAUUUGUGGGAUUUCUGGCUAUGUAUUUUCUGUAUAGCAUCUGAUUAAUGGAGCCGUGUCAUUGACAAUUGUUGCCAGGCCAAGCAAGAGACCGUAGACAAAGUGGUUGCCAUCGUGAAGAAGCAGCUUGCUCUGCCUGCAGAUGCAGCUGUCAAUGGAGAGUCUAAGUUUGCUGCUCUUGGAGCUGAUUCCCUUGAUACUGUUGAGAUCGUGAUGGGGCUCGAGGAGGAGUUUGACAUCACCGUGGAGGAAGAGAGUGCACAGAGCAUUACCACAGUCCAAGAGGCUGCUGAUAUGAUCGAGAAGCUCGUUGAGAAGUGAAUGAAGCUUUUUGCUUAAGUUAUGUCAUCAACUGAGUUAUGGAGUUGGAGGGGUUUUUUUCUAGUUUCUAAGAAGAAUCUUUUUAGUUUGAUGCAGUUUCCGAAACGUUUCGGUUGGCUAGUUUGGUCGUCGUGCGCCUGAACUUAAAUUAUGAUACUGUGACAGUUCAUGUUUGUUCUUAAUGGCUGGAUUUCGUUGGACAGCUCAUUGGCUCUCUUUUUUUCUUCCUUUACUCACUGGUUUUUAAAGGUCAAGUUUGUUCGCCGAUUUGAUUCGACUACAGAUGUUUGCCCAGCAUUGUGGAUUCUUUUCGGGUCUGAAUUG